GCUUCUCUCCGCCAUCGACACGCCUGUAAAAGGCUGCCGCGACACGACCGCGGACGCUUUCGAGACGCAUUCGCAUGUGUACGGAUUCCUUUUCUGGACACGUCUCAAAUUUUUAUACGAAUUUCCUCCGGUGAACGUCCCCGCCCAGCUUCAUCACCGUCCUGGUAGUACAAGUGCAACAAGUGAAGAUAUUAAUAGAGAUCAUGUAGCUGGCGCAACCGCAAGAACGGGAGGGGGAGCUCAUCUUCAUCUUGGCUCCUCUUCAAAAUCAACCGUGGUGGAACAUCCAGCGUCUUUGCGGACCGGAGCCACUGCGCUUUACAUCGUUGACUACGACGAAAGCCAGGGAGAAAUUUUGGACUCACUGCCGCGAAGUCUUCUCACACGGAUCGGCCCGCAUCGAGCGAUCUAUGGCGGUCUUCACCGAGGACGCAGGGCUUCCGUAGUUGGCCCACCUGGACCUGGGGCAGCUGCAAUGGUUAAGGCUUGUUGUUUUUCUCCACGUAAUAAAUUUAUCUCCACGCACACACUUGCUUCCACAUCGAUCAGCUUAUAGAGGCAAUGAUCCAAUAAAUCCAUCCAUCUACUUCAGAACGGGAGCCACAUCCUAGGAGAGAGGCCGAGGCUUUUCAAAUUCAAGCGGAAAGAAAAGGGUCAUGAUCAUCAUCAUGUUCAUGAGAUGAUGAUAUAAGUAAGUAAGUACUUACAACUAGAACUAUCUCAGGGUGAGGAUCAUGCACUACUGCUAUCUCAGGAUGCUGAGGUAGGGUGAGGGUGAGCUCUAAAAUGUGGACUGGCUCUGAGCAGCAUUCGCAGCAUCCAGCCCUCCGAGUUCCAAUUACACACUGCCCAGGAUCCUGGAUUUACUUUAUCUGUCCUUAAGGCUAGUCAGUCGUCACUAACUACACUACCCGGGUUCUACUAUCAAGCUGGUGAUGUGGACUAUGGACUCUGAAUUGGUGGAGUGUGUUCGCUUUGGUUAUAGAAGUCCAAGUCAGCAGAGGGAUUUAAAAAAGGGGAAAUUACUAUAUUAAAUUAAUCAAGGGAGUGAUGCACUCGAGAACCUCGAAGGACUAGCGAUAGUGAUUGACAUUGACUGGCGUUAAUGUGUGUUGUAUCCCAAACGAGUGCUGGAGGAAACAAACCAUCACACGCACGUCGCCUUGGUCACCGACGGGUACGAACUAUCCAAUUUUUACAACAGUGGGGACGAUCCUACUCACCUAAGUGAAGAAGCAGAAGGAGAGCAGGAUCCGGGACACACAGGCGAAGAUGAAGCUGUACUUCAGAAUGGCAAUGGAGACGAAGCUGCAGCGAUCAAAGUCAGAAGCAAGAUGUUGAAGAGAACUGCGCGAUCGAAAAAGAAGGAGCAGAGUGAUCGACUACUUUCCUCUUUUCCAGGUACAGUUCAUGUUAGCACCGCAGAUGGUACAUCUGCAUGGCGUUAUCUUCAACAAACUGUUGACGAUGAACAACUCGGCAACAGGAGAAACUACACGACCAAUGGAGAUAACACCACGACAGCAACUAGUACAACGGAUCAUGACGAGUUGUUCGAAGAAAACAGCAACGCUUCAUCCUCUUCCCCUUUGAACGGAAGUGCAAAAUCCGCAGCAGAGCAGAAAAAGCGUAGAAAGAAGGAGCGAGCGGGAAGAGCGCGAAAUAUUCUCAACCUCAACGAAGACGAUGAUGAUGCUCAACAUCCCUCCCUAGCUCGUGUGACGAACAAAGAUCACGGCAUUGGAGGACGUGGAAUCGAGUCCAAUUUGAAAAUCGAUGGUGAGACGCUUCUCGCGGACCAGAUCGCGCAACCUGACGCUUACAGGCGACAGCGGAGCAAGUGUCCGUUACCCGCAUACGGUGUCGAGGUUCUGAUCACAACGACGCUGCUGUGCGCGCAUCCGUUACUGCAGCCGCCACCGACCCACGAACUACCAAUCCAAUGCAGCGAAGAAGAUGCAGAUUUUUACCCCUAAAGGGCACAUUUGCAUUGCAUGAGUCUGGCACUUCAUCGAAUGAAUAUUUCAUUUCUUAUAAAUAUACCUAAACAACGAUCUCCAUUAGCUUUAACGCUAGCUAAUAAAGUAACUAAAAGUGAAACAACUGUAAAUUUGUUAUUUGUAGUACUCAUAGUUUGUCAUACACAUGAUAUUGCUCCGGCCCCGUCCUCCCUUCUUGCAAGAACGUGGUGCCAACUUCCAGAAGGUAUCAAAUUUCAAACUGCUGCAUAUCACGAUAACGCUUAUCGUUAUCCCCUCAUUUGGACACGCAGGCAUCCAUUAUUAUCAUACUACAGCAACAUCAACACCAAGAUCUCCAUCACCAACACGACUAGUUUUCCCAACAUCAUCAACAUGAAUCCAG